UAUUUGACUCUCAUUCCCAGUAUACAGAACCAGUGACAGACCAAAGUGAGGACACCACCAGCUCCAGCUUUAUACGCAUUUUUCUCUUUAUAAAGAUGAAUGAAGCACCCAUAACCCAUUCUAACCUAAAUGUGAACUCCCAGCAGAAGUGCAAAGCAAAGAAGAAUAUUAAGAAUACAUUUAGCUCAAAUGAAUUGUCAUUCAUUGAGCAAAAACACCAAAAACGUCUUAAGAAGCACAAAAACAUAGGAGACGACAUCACUGCUGAAGAGAGUUUCUCACCUUCUCCAUGGAGGCUCAUCUCUAGUGUGCUUGGUGUCACAUGCCUUCUCCUGAUGGCUGCAACCAUCGUGGUGACCAUUUUUACUACAAAUUCAUCUUCUGAAAGAACAUCUUCCACCAUCCAGCAGAAAGGACCUCAUCAUCCCUGUCUGGAGGACUGGGUCUGGUUCAGAUGCAGCUGUUAUUACUUCUCCCAGGAAAAGCUAAGCUGGAGAGAGAGUCAGCGUGCCUGCUUGUCUCUCAAUUCCAGUCUCCUACGGAUGGAGAGAGAGGAGAUGGAUUUCUUCACUUUGAAAUCUUUCUUCUGGGUUGGCGUUUACUACAACGAAACUAACAAACAGUGGCUGUGGGAAAACCAUUCGGUUCUACCCUUUGAGAUAUACCAAGAUGCACCUGGACUCACCCUGAUGACCUCAUUUUAACUGACUCACCUAGUGAUUCCAUCUCCAGACAGAUUCUGAACAUUGGAGGUUUUAUGAUCUUCAAAUUUAUAUGAAAUACUCCUGUGCAUCUUAUAAAUCAAAAGAAGCUUAUUUGUCUGAAAACUGUACAACUAAACUGCCAUAUGUUUGCAAGAAGUAUCAUUUUUAAUCUUAUAUGUUCACAAAAGAUAUGAAAAUUAAACUUUUCUUCUUUAA